GUUCGCUUGGAGUCCCUCCCCAGCAGGUUGACAUUUGCGCGCCUUCUGCGUAUAUUGUCUUACUCUGGCACUUCCCGUGCAGCCUGCAUGGACAUGUCAUUUAUGUGCCUGACUUGCUCGCCACUGGGCAAUAAUUGUGUCAUGGCGGUUGCGAUACGAGGUUCUUUCAAGAUGGUGGCUGCCUCAAGGACAUUUUCAUAUCAUCCCUUCCUUCAGUCCAACCUGUCUUAAAACCACACCUCCAGCCACUGUCACCGAUAUGCACACUCUUCAAGCAAGCUUCAGUAUCGUUCUUCUUAAUCCAGUUUGACUUUGGGUCUCCAUGGAGUUGUAAUACUGUAUUGAUGCUUUUCAGGCCGUGCUUUACUCGACUCCAUUUGGGUCGUGUCAAAUGAAACUUUCAGAGAUCCUUACCUCGGUCAAAUAGACUGCUUUUCGAGUUGGAAGUCGCCGAGUCUCAGUCACCAUCUAGUCGGACCUCAGGCGGCCAGCCUUGCGGACUUUGCGGAUGGACGAAGAUGCUUUACAGCUUUGGCAUCACUACCUGGGCAGGUCCACCGUCGCUGCUUCACCGACCGUGGUGACCUACGAUGCUGGCUAUGUCGUCCUGUCCUUCUUCACCUCCUUGAUAGGAUGUCUUACCACAAUCGAGCUACUACAGCGACGGACGUCGAUGCGGGGAGCCUAUAAUUGGUACGCUCCCAUGAUUUCAAGAUCCCAACAAGGCUGACCGCAACAGGUUUCUCCUGGUGGCCUCAGCUAUAACAAUGGGUGGCAUCGGUAUAUGGGCAAUGCAUUUCGUUGGCAACAGAGCCAUCGUUCUCGACCGUGGCCAUCCUCAACGCCAGAUAUUGUACAAUAAAGGCUUUACGGCGGCCUCAUUCUUCCUACCCAUCAUCGUCUUACUCUUCGCCUUCUACACCCUUGGCACAUCUGCCAAAGCUCGCCAACUUCAAGUUGCUGCCGCCGGAGUCCUAACGGGUGCCGCCGUUUGUGGGAUGCACUACAUGGGUCAAUUGGGCAUUGCAAAUUACAAUUGUUCGUAUCGGCCUCAAAACGUGGUGGGGGCCGCGAUCAUCUCAGUGGUCGCCAGUCUGAUCUCUCUCAGUCUGUUUUUCAGAAUGAGAGACAAAUGGACGGACGUGUGGUGGAAAAGAACUCUCUGUGCUGUGGUGCUUGCCAUCGCGGUCUCUGGGAUGCAUUGGACGGCAGCCAUCGGGACCAUAUAUCACUGGAGAGGUGAUCUGUCCGUCCACGGAGAUUCUCGUACAACGACUUCUGUUGCCACCUCUUGUCUGUCAAUGGGUUCUUGCAUCAUGCUUCUCGUGGUUAUUGGCAUCCGAGGACGGAAGAGGCGCAACGCCAGAAUCACGUCACAGCGACUGGUGCUUGCAUGCUCCUAUUUCGACGACAAAGGCAAUUUGAUGGUGACUCAGGACGGUCUGUUACCAAACACCAAGAUUACAAACCAAUACAUUGAGAGGACUUUUGGUGAGGACGAGCUUAGCAGAUCUCAUGACACAUUCCAUUGGAUCUUUCGGGCUUCACACCAGUGGACAAUCUUCAAGGAUCUUAUCGCGGGCAUGAAGAAGGACAUUGAGGGGGACCCAACAACAAAGCAAUACCGUCCUGGCUCGCAUACGACCACUCUACCUGAUGACACAAGUGAGAUCUCGGUCAAUUUUGCCCGAGUGUUCAAGGAAUUGUUUUGCGUCGCCGCGCAGCAACUCGCCAAUACACUCCACGAACCACUCGAGAAGAUUGGGGUCUUGUUCGAAGAGCCAAUGGACACUGGUACCGUGUGUUGCUCCCCCAGCACGCCCACCGGCAUGCGGAAAUCAUCAAUUUUUUCCUCUUCCACGGCCGUUGAUGUUGAGAGAGGAAAGGGCAUCAAUUCUUUCACCAAAGGCAAGUACCUUUUCCUCGUGCGCGAAAUCCAACGCGGCGAGAUGGCCAAAUUUGCCGCUUUGGGUUAUCGAUUUGCUGCCGUGGAGCAAAUUGCUGAUCCUCUUGCCAAAAGCAUGCAAGUGAAUCGCGCUGAUCUUGUGGAGCGGAUGAAACGUAUCAGAACAAGUGCCGCUCGCACAUGUUUACCACCCCCGGGAGUAUACCUCUCCUGUUUUAUGCUUCGUCCAAGCAUGUACAAGAGCUUCGAUAUUUUGGUGCUUGACAGUGCGCAAAACCAAAUUCCGCACGUUACAUUACAGUUACCUGAUCUUUCUCCAGAACAGUCGAAACAGUUGCAGUCCUUGGAUGAAAUGCAGGUCAGUGAGGUCCUCAAGGUCCUCGUCAACAAGUCGAGCAAGCCGAACAAUGUGGACAUCGACGAGGGGUUCCGAUGGCAGCUCUACAACGCCUUUCUCAAGCUUGUCGAUGCGGUCGGCGACUAUGACAGCAUGAUGGCAGCCAAGUUCUCGGCAAGACAAUUUCAGGUUUCUUGUCAGCACGGUGGUGGUUGCGGUUCGUCAGGCAGCUGUACUACCUGCAAGUUCUACUCAAUUCGAGCCCUCAGAAAUAUCCAUGCAUCUCCUACCCGAAGUGAUUUGACAUAUGUACCACUUUCCUUCUUCAGUAUUCAGCAGCAAGUACACACGGGACAUCCCGACGACAACGGCUUUGCUCGAAAGGUCGAACGGCAAUUUGGUCACCUUCACCGCGAUGCAGCGCUAUCUAUGGGAACAAGUGUCGCCAGGGGUCGAUCGCCGAGUCCUGCAGAGUCCAACAGCCAGGGAGCCGAUUCGCCAAGGAUACCGAUCUUCAGAAACCCACUGAGGAGGUCAGUUGUUCGUCGUAGAAGUGACGAAGCUACUAUUGUCGACCACGAGACGGCUGUGCCUGACGCAACAGACACGGAAAUGACCAGAGUCAGGUCAUUAGACGAAGACUAUCCUGCCGGAGAAGCGGGGGAAUCAGAAAGCGAAAGAAAGCCUUGUUGGGUUUCGGAGCUGUUCAGUCUCUUCCAGACGAAAUGCGAGCCCGGUUGGGGUUCAGCCAGGCCAGGUGGAUGGAAAUGGGACAUCAGCGUCCAAAAUUCCGUUGAAAUAGCGACUAAGGACCGCCGGAAAGGAAGUAAUGUCGUGUGCGCAUCGUUUUAAAGGAGCAUGGCCUACGGAGUAGAUACUAGGUAAUGAUGAACGACGACCAUGCUGAAAGUACCUAUG